AUGGGGACCCCAUCCCUGUCCCCGUGGGCAGUGCUGGUGCUCACCCUGGUGCUGGUGGGGCUCUGGGCUCCCUGUGUGGUGAGCAGGAAGCCCAACUUCAUCGUCAUCCUGGCUGAUGAUGUGGGCUGGGGGGAUCUGGGUGCCAACUGGGCAGAGACGAAGGAGACCCCGCAUUUGGAUCAGUUGGCUGCUGAAGGAACAAGGUUCGUGGACUUCCACUCAGCUGCGUCCACGUGCUCCCCGUCCCGCGCCUCGCUGCUCACGGGGCGCCUGGGGGUGCGCAACGGGGUCACCCACAACUUCGCCAUCAGCUCGCUCGGGGGCCUCCCCCUCAACGAGACCACCCUGGCCGAGCUCCUGAGGGAGGCUGGGUACACCACAGGAGCUAUAGGCAAGUGGCACCUGGGACACCACGGGCACCAUCACCCCAACUCCCGCGGCUUCGACUACUACUUUGGGAUCCCCUACAGCCACGACAUGGGCUGCACGGACAGCCCUGGCUACAACCUGCCGCCCUGCCCGCCCUGCCCACGGCACAGCACCUCUGCCAGGGUGGCGAGGAAGGACUGUUACACGGAGGUUGCCCUGCCUCUCUACGAGAACGUCACCAUCGUCCAGCAGCCCGUGGAGCUCGGCAGCUUGGCCAGGCGCUACACAGAGGAGGCAGCACGGUUCAUCCAGAGGGCCAGUGACAGUGGACGUCCCUUCUUCCUCUACCUGGCCCUGGCUCACAUGCACGUCCCUCUGACCCCCCCGCUGCCCCCUGCUCCGGGCAGGGGCAUCUACGGAGCCUCCCUGGCUGAGAUGGAUGCGCUGGUGGGACGGAUCAAGGAGGUGGCCGACAGCCUCGGGAAGGGCAGCACACUCCUGUGGUUCACAGGUGACAAUGGCCCCUGGGCACAGAAGUGUGAGCUGGCAGGACGCCUGGGGCCAUUCGUGGGUGCCUGGCAGAGGCAGCGAGGUGGGAGCUCAGCAAAACAAACAACCUGGGAAGGAGGGCACAGGGUGCCAGCCCUGGUGUACUGGCCUGGCCGUGUCCCUGCCAGGAGGACGAGCCACGCUCUGCUCAGCAUCCUGGACAUCUUCCCCACGCUGGUGGCCCUGGCUGGGGCAGUGCUGCCCCCGGACAGACGCUUUGAUGGCUUGGAUGUGUCCCCAGUUCUCUUCGGCUGGUCGGAUGUGGGGCACAAGGUUCUGCUCCACCCCAACAGCGGCGCAGCCGGGAAGGUCGGCGGGAUCGAGGCGCUGCGGCUGACUCAGUACAAGGCGUUCUACACCACAGGAGGGGCCAUGGCCUGUGAUGGCAGCACUGGGCCAGCGGAGCGGCACCAACCACCCCUCAUUUUCAACCUGGACCGAGACAUCCAGGAGCAGGAGCCUCUGAAUGUGGCAUCCAGGGAGUACCAGGCAGUGCUGCCUGCCAUCAGCAGGGCUUAUGCCCAAGCUCUGCAGGACAUUGCAGCAGACAAUGUCUCGGUUGCAGAUUAUUCCCAGGAUCCAGCUGCAAUUCCCUGCUGCAACGUGCAGCACGUGGGCUGCCGCUGCCGUGGGGCCGUGCAGGAUCCCCACGUGGAAAAGAGAACACCACGGCUUUGUCUUUAAGCAGAAAAUUGCUCAGGCUGCUCCUUUCCCAAGUGUGGUGACUGUGAACUCCAGGCUGGAGGUGGCCAUGCUGGAUGGAGGCUGUGGUUCCAUUUGCUCCGUGCUGGGAAGAGGGAGGCGAGUUGGGUGUGGGUCUGGGGGAGCACACAGAAGGUCCCCUUUGGACCCUGGGCAUGUGGAAAGCUUUUUGUAGGGCUCUU